AUGACUAAUGCUUCGGACGAAAUCAUCAUUAUCGGCGAUUUCAAUCUGCCAGGAAUUUCGUGGAGUUCCUCCUGCAACGGUUUCCUUCACAUAGAUAUGGAACGAUCUUCAUUACACAGUCACGCCUCCAAACUCCUCGAUUACUACAGCACAGCCACGUUACGUCAAAUCAAUCACGUUACCAACGAAAAUAAUCGCAACCUGGAUCUGUGUUUUGUUAGCGCUCAGGACGCUACUCCGCUAAUUUUGCAUGCUCCAUCACCGUUAGUUAAAGAAGUUAAUAAUCAUCCUUCGUUGAUACUCAAGCUGAACAACACGCGAGCCAAUGUUGUUGCAUCGAUCGAGCCCAUAAUCUACAAUUUCCAUAACGCCGAUCAUCAUAGCAUUGCUGAGUUCUUUGCUACAUUGGACUGGGUUGACAUUCUUGGCGGUUGUGAUGCAGAGAAUGCGGCAUUGACUUUAUCGCAUAUUAUUGGACACGUGAUUGAAAGACAUGUUCCUAAGAAAAUCGUCGCUCCUUAUAGUUGUCCUUGGAAGACCCGUCAGCUUCGUAGAAUGAAAACUCCUAAAAGAGCUGCUCUCAAGCGCUAUUCCAAACACGGUUCCUUAUCGUUGCGUGAGCACUUCAAAAAAUUAAACUCUGCGUACAAGAUUGUUAGCCGCCUCUGUUUUUCUCAAUAUCAGCAAAAUAUACAGCAAAACUUGAGGACCAGGAAUAAAACGCUCUGGAAGUACAUAAAUGAACAAAGGAAUCAAGCUGGGCUCCCUACAACAAUGACUCUGGACGAGGAAGUGGCCUCUACACCCCAAUCCAUCUGUCAGCUAUUUGCCGACAAGUUUGUGAGCACCUAUUGUAACGAAGUCAUCUCUGAUGUCACAAUCGCUGAGGCUGCUAACAACGUUCCUGCAGUCGGGAUCACUUGGGCCACGUUUUUCGUAGAUGCAGAAAUGAUCCGUAGAGCUAACUCGCAGUUAAAAUCAUCCAUGAGUCCAGGUCCGGAUGGCAUUCCGUCUGCGUUCUUGAAAAGGCACAUCGAACUUCUGCUCGCUCCCUUUCAAUUGAUUUUCAACAAAUCGCUAUCCAGUGGACUUUUUCCGUCCGUGUGGAAAACCGCUACAAUGUUUCCCGUGUACAAGAAGGGUGAUCGAAAAGAUGUCAACAAUUAUCGCGAUACGCACGUGAUCGAGAAGGCUUCUAGAACAUUAGGAUUCAUCUUUCGCGUCGCCAAGGGUUUCACCGAUGUUUAUUGCUUGAAAUCACUGUACUGUUCGCUGGUUCGAUCUACGCUGGAAUAUUGUUCCGCUGUAUGGCAUCCUAAUUACCAGAACGGAUCACAUCAUCUGCUGACAGGGCCGGCUGCCAACAGUGAGCACAGCUGA